UGCUUGAUUAAUCCUUGCGUGCGUUGCUUUGCGGCAUCUCGUCUUUUCCGCGAUGGCGGAAGGGGAGGAGCUGAGCUAUUCCAAAUGGCUGAACGAGUCCGAGAGAAGAUUGCACGUGGCGAAAGCCAUGACCCGGGACCUGCUCGCCAGCUUGCGCGAGAACAAGCUCCAGGAGGCCCUGAACCCCGAUGCAGGCCUUGACCAGGUCGUUCGAGAGCAGAAGCAGAAGAAGGAGAGGGUCUACACUCAGUGCAGGCAGCACCAGAAUGUCAUCGACGCGUCCUACUCCUGCAUUCAGGACCUGAAGCGCGCGGCCAAGCGCACGGUGGACUCCAUCACCCAGCUCACCCACGAGAAGUACAAGGGCACCGCCAACUUCCAGGUCUGCGAGCUGCGCCAAGAGCUCCGCGCCAAGCGGCCGCCCUCCGAGCUCUUCAAGGACAUCUUGGAUGAGGCGCUGGAACAGGAGCGACAACUGCUGCUGAGUCAAAGGGAUUCACUCCUGGCGUUGGAGGCCGAGGGAAAGGCCAUCAUCGAUGAAAUCGAGGAGAAGCAAAUCCUGCUUACCCGAAAUUCGGGGGAGCGGCGGGUGAACAUGCAUCACGACAUCAGCUCCUUGAACCAGAAGGUGUCCAUGCAAAUCAAGCAGCCGGAGGAGGCGGCAACGCCCAAGUCCAAGCUGAGAGAGGAGUCCAAGCAGACGCUGGAGGACACCUACAAGCUGCUGGCGAGGUACAACGAGCAUCGUAGGAAGACCCAGGAGUCCGUAGAGGAGUUUCGCGCUCGCAGAGAGAAUGCGAAGGCCAGAACGGAGGCGAACUUGACCAAGCGCGUGCAGCAGCUUUCCGAAAGGAAGCUCGAGCUCGACACGCAGCUCCGGGAUCUGAUCACCUCCAUCACCAAGGCGGAGCGGGAGUUGGAAAGUUCCUUCCGGAAGCUGUCGCCCAACGACGCGGCCAAGAAGGAGAAGUUGGAGUCGGACAAGGAUCUCUUGGAGCGGCUGCGGCGCCUGAAAGACCAGGUGGCAGAGGACACUCGGCACAAAUCGGCUGCAUUGGAGAUUGACAACACCUGCAAGCGUGUGAAUGCCGCGAAGGCUGGAGAGGCGAAGCUGAAGAAGGAGAUGCCACCGGUGCGGUCGCGGAGCUGCGUGAAUUUCAGGAGCAACGGCGACAAGGACCGGCCUGGGAGCUCCCCAGCGUCGCCGGGCGCAUGCUCCCCGGGGGGGUCCAGGUCUCUGAAAGCGGGCGCCGCAGUGGCUUUUCAAUAGUUCCGUGCGCACGCGGCGGCUGCGGAAGCCGCGGCUCGCUUCCGGAAGCCAUUGCGGGGAUUUUGUGUUCAUGUGGCUUCCUUUUUGGGCCAUUCUCGUGCGAAACAUGUUUCGUUCCGGGUACGGCAAAUCCGGCAUUCCUCUUUUUGGACUUGAGGCGAGAUUUUGGCGAGCUUUUCGCUUGCUUUCCUAGGACACCAGCUGCUGAAAUUUCUCGAC